AUGUAUCGCAGCCUAGUUUCCGUCAGGUAUCUACCGAGAAAUAACAUCUUUGCAAUAUUUGUAUCACCGAGACGCCACAAAUUGCAGCGGUCAAGAAUGGCGGAUUUCAGCAGCAAAUGGGUACGCCAUCUCAGGAUCCGGGAUCGUCAGGGCAGGGACAAAGGGGGAGAGUCCCAGUCCUAUAUCUGUGAUAUCUGCGGCAAUGAAUCCCACACUAUAGAAGCAUGGCGCGAACAUGCUCAAAGCGAUAAUGAGCAUCGUAAGGACCAAGUCCCUUCUGGGGCUGCAGUUGAUGAAGAUCGAGAUGCAGACGGACAUAGAGACAAGCGCUGUUCACCCCCACCGGCACGUCCGACGCCCAGUAGUCCGCAAGCUAGCCGCAGUCGCGCUCGCAUUGAGACCCGGAUCGACUUCGACCGCGGUCCCCACAAGAAUACUACCGGCCGUCAGCUAUGGACUGAAGACAACCCUCAACCAAAGUCACAUAGCCAAGGCCGUUCUGUCCCUCUUCCUUCACCCAGACAGGGGCCACCUCCCAAGGCGAACAGACAUACACAACCUACUGCACAGCAACCCCCUCCACCCUCCUUCAUCGAUGAUGACUCGUCAAGGAUGAUGCGUCAACCGGAGACCCGGCCGAUCUCCCAAGAUCAGCUCGUCGCCGAGGUCAAAGGCAUAUAUGCAGGGUUGGUCAUGGUUGAGACCAAAUGCAUCGAAGUUGAUAAUGCACAAUCAUCCAACACGGAUGCCAACUCAAAGCUCAACAAUGAACAAUGGCAAGCGUUGAUUGCAUUACACAGAACACUCCUUCACGAACAUCACGACUUCUUUCUCGCCAGUCAACACCCCUCUGCCAGCCCGGCCUUACGCAGAUUGGCUUCCAAGUAUGCGAUGCCUGCUCGCAUGUGGAGACAUGGUAUCCAUUCAUUUCUCGAACUUCUUCGACACCGAUUGCCAGCCUCUCUCGAACACAUGCUCACUUUCUUAUACUUGGCAUACAGCAUGAUGGCCUUGUUAUAUGAAACUGUGCCUGCUUUUGAAGAUACCUGGAUCGAAUGUCUUGGUGACCUUGGCCGAUAUCGUAUGGCCAUUGAGGACGAUGACAUUCGCGACCGGGAGGUUUGGACCGGCCUUUACUUUUACACCAAAUCCCUUUGCGUUCCUAUCCCAUUUUCGAGUGCUCGAGAGAGCAUCAUGACUCUGUUCGAUCCUGUCCUUAGCAACAGUCCUUCACGUCUUGCUCCAGUUGAUGCCGCAUUUGUGCGUGUUCAUGGGAUACUGUUUUCUAAGAAGUCCUGGGACCAACUCGAUGACUCUAUGGCAAGCUUCGAUGAACUGCUGGAUGAUCAUAUUGCCAGGACCGCCAAGAGAUGGCUUGAAUCAGGAUAUUAUAUUGGAAUUUCUAUGGCUUGUUCACUUCUUGGUUACGGUGCUGAGUUCAACGUUCUUAUGCGUGCCAUGUCCAAGAAGCCCGAGGAGACCGAUGUUCCUAUGGAUGGAAGCACAAUUUCCGAGGCCACCCCAGACGAGACCUUCAGCCUUGCUCUUAAAUUUGCAACUAACACAAUCUCGAUUGUACUCAGCCGCUGGGGCGAUACCAAUACGUUACCGUUCGUGCAUACCAUGAUGGUAUUCAUGAACUACAUGACACGAUACCCGGCAGCCAUUUCCCACUUGGAAGAAAAAUACCCCUGGAAGCUAACCAGUUUUAUGCUCAACUCGCUGUUGGCCUCUUGCGAGCCUGGGUAUGAGGUGAAGGAUGAGUUCCAACUUUGGGAGAAAGAUCAACACCCACGGCCAUUGCCGGAAGAUUUUGCCAUGCGUGGCUUGCUUUAUUCCGAGGACUACUUUCCCAACGGAUGGUUCCAGAGUGACAAGGUUGACGAGGACGAGAAAUAUUUCGAGUUGCCCUCCAUGUCGGAACAACGUAAGGAUCGCAUCAUAUCCCUGGGACACAAACUCGCUACUUCAGGGAGCUGGUUGAUAUGGAAUGAGGACACCAGCAAAUUCUCGGUCCCGGCCAAAUACGAUAUCCAUAUACCUGGCUUUCCGAUGUGA